CGCGCAGAAGGAGGAGCCUGAAGGAGGAGCCCAAAGACAAGGUAUUUAAAUCGCGCGGGGCUGGAAGGCAGAGGAAGUGCUUCUAGCAUCUGCCUUUGCUUAUCAAAUUUAGGUCCCCUUGACGCCCGCGCACUCCGGACUGCCACCAUGGCCGGCUCCCGGCUUUCCCUAGUGCUGCUGCCGCUGCUGCUGAUCGCGCUGGUCUGCGCUGUCCACGCCGAGCGCAAGCCUCGCCUUGUCGGCGGCAUUACCGAGGCCAACGAGAACGAGGAGGGCGUGCAGCGCGCGGUCAACUUCGCCAUAAGCGAGUAUAACAAGGCUAGCAACGACAAGUUCGGCCACCGAAUUGUGCGGGUGGUACGAGCUCAGAAACAGCUGGUGGCUGGCAUAAAAUACAUUUUGGAGGUCGAGAUUAGCCGAACCACCUGCACCAAAUCUGUGACUGACUUUUCAAGCUGCCCCCUUCAUGAGGAUCCAACUCUGAAAAAGCACUCCAUCUGCAAUUUUGUGGUGUACUUCGUUCCUUGGUUGGGCAAAAUCAGCCUCAUAAAGAAUGAGUGCAAGAUUAUCUAGGGAUAUUCUUCCACAUGUCUGCGACCAAUCUGAGCUGCAGCUGUUUUCUCUUUUUGAAAAAAAAAAGAGCAAUAACACAACCCAUUUCACUCAUUAUUACCCAAAUGUUAGUGCUGUGCAAGGUAAUGAUGUAGUCUCCUCCCUAAGCAGGCAGGAGGAGAAAAUAAAGGCUUAUCAUAGUA